GAGUUUGUUUGCCUACCUGAAAGCUGAAAGGCUGUGUUGGUAAAUACAUAAUUUGAAGAGUUAGAGAGCCAGAAAUCUAUCUGCAAGCAUGGCAGAAAUGGCUGAGAAUGCUGGUGGUGCACAUGAGGCGAAGGAGACCGGGGGAAAAAUAGUGGAGAUGGCAGGAACUCCAACUUCAAGCGAAGAGCUACAUGCAGCACCGCCAGAAAAAAGGAUGAGAGUGGAAGGCAACCAAGACCAGCCGUCGACGUCUUACAUGUUCAUGUCUGGCCUGAUUUCGGCUCUGAAAGACAAGCCGGAUGGUGAAGAGGAGGAGGAAGACAUCAUGGACUUCUUCGGUGGUGAUGAUGAUUAUGGUGGUGAUGGGGAUGGUGGUGAUGAUGAGGAUGAUGAUGAUGAUGAUGGUGAAGAAAAACGCGGGUACAUGUAUCAGUCAAGUGAUGAGGAUUCCUCAACAGAUGUGGAGCUCCCCUCUGAAGACUUUGUAUCACCGAGUAUCACCUCAUCAGACGAUGAAGAAGAUAACACGUAUUCUUCAUCAGGCCCUAGGAUCCUUACUGAUGACUACUUGCUGUCUGGUCUCAUCGCAUCGGGAGUUAAAGAACAUGGUGCAUACCCGCGGAAGAGGGUUCAAAGGCAGAAGCACGAGGGAGUUGACCCAGCCUCCGAUGAUGACCCGAUUGAGCCAGGUCACUAUCAGCAGCCUCAGUACCGCAAAGACCGCCGUGGUUGGACCAGGGAACUGACCACAAUUCCUGUUCAUGAGUUUGAGGGCAGGAAGCCGUACGGUCCAGCCUUUGAGCGUCCGGAGGACGACGACCCUCUGAAGUACUUUCUAAAAUUCUUCCCUUUGGAUCUGUUCAAGAAGAUGGCUCGCUGGACAAACAUCAAUGGGGGUGCUAAUCCACGUUUUGGCAAAAAGACCACGCCCGAGGAGGUCAAAGCGUGGUUUGGCAUCAGGAUGAUUCAGGGCGUUCACAGCAACAGCAACGCCGACGAUGACUGGUCAACCAGGGACUCCCUGAUGAACCCCAAAAUUAAGCGCACUAUGAUGAAGAACAGGUUCAGUAUGCUAUCAGAGGUCUUGGCCUGUGCUAAUCCCUUCAAAGGGCCGCAGCAGAUCAGAGACAAGCAAAAUCGCAACUUGUACAUGAAAAACCAUCCACUGUACCGUCUCCAGCACAUCUGGGACACUGUCAACAAGCUCUGCCUUGACAACUACAACCCUUGCAAGGAGCUCACACUUGACGAAGCAACGACCAAGUACAAAGGAGGCAAGUCUGGCGUCAAGCGGUUUUUCUUGCCUCUGAAACCGGGCAGGAUAGGGUUUAAAAUCCACGCCAUCUGCGAUCCCAACACUGGAUACACCCUUCAUAUGAUGGUUCACAGCGAGUCCAACAAAAACAUGAAAGAUGUCGUCAUGAAAACAAUGGACCCCUUUGUAGGUCGGUACCACCAGCUGUAUUGCAGCAAGUCAUACACUUCACCUGGCCUUGCGUCCGAGCUACUGGAAAAGAGGACAUACAUGUGCGGUGCUGUGAGACGAGUGUCAAAGGGCCUUCCUGAUGACUUCAGCACCAAUCCAGUCGUCAACCCCACCCGGUACCGCCACAUGGAGAUGAUGGCCAAAACGCCGCGAGGCACCAUCUAUUCGCGGCAGAAGGGACAGCAGACUGUGGUCCUAUGGCGAGACACCAAGAUCCUCACCUUUCUAUCCACGUGUCACCAGGGCUUCCGCAACCAGGCAACCGACUUCUUGCCCAGGAACAUCCGAGAGAAGGGAGAGAAGAAAUCCAGCCAGAAGGAAGUACGAGCUCCUCCCCAUGCCAUGGACUACAAUCAGUUCAUUGGAGGUGUUGACAAAGCUGACCAGCUUCGUGGGUACCACACCUGCAGCCGACAGUCCAUGGCUUGGUGGAAGAAAAUCAUGUACUUCCUUGUCGACGUGGCCCGAGUGAACGCCUGGAUAUGUUACAAGGCAAACGUGAAGGCACAGCCACGCGUCGUUCCCCUCACCCACCGACUCUUUACCGUUGAGAUAGCCGAGAAGCUCAUCGCUGGCUUCUCUGAGGGCUCCACCCGGUGUCAUCAGCAACUUGAGCUCGCCCCAGUUCCGAGCAUCAAUGGGCCCAUCCACCAGUCCAUCCGCAUGCCCGUGAAAGCUGCCAAGAUGUGCGUCCAGUGCCGUCGAAAAGGACGGACAACAACCAAGGGACAUCACGUGACCACUCGCUCUGGGUGCACAUCCUGUAAUAUCCAUCUCUGCCGUGGAAAAUGCUUUCUGGAGUUUCACACUGCUGAAUGAACGUACCACUGCCUCAUGAAAAAAGGGGGAAAAUCCCUCAAAAUAGAGGGGAAAAGAUAAAAGAAGUCAAAUAGUAAGAAGAUAUCAGAAGAAAAAUGAAAAGUUCAGAUGUAAUUCAAGUUGCAUUCUUCUUGCUCUUCCAAAAAAAAUCAAUAUUCAACCUGCAUGCUACAUUCCUACCAAAAACCUCUCUGUUUUCCCCUUUUUUGGGGGGAUGUCUGCAACCUUCCGAAAAAAAGAUUUUG